AUGUGUCUAUCAACACCCAUCUCUCUUCAGGGUGCGCAUCACUUUGUUUCAUUGAAGCUUACGUCCAAGAACUACCUGUUUUGGCGUACGCAGUUGGUGCCGUUCCUCCACGGGCAGAACCUCAUCGGCUACGUUGAUGGUUCUCUUCCUUGUCCAGUGCAGUUCCUUUCCUCCGUUGGUGGUUCAACUGUUGUCCUCAAUCCAGCGUUUGGUGUCUGGACGCAGCAAGACCAGACAAUCCUAUCUAUGCUCAUAUCUUCUCUUUCCGAUGAGUGCAUUCUUCUCAGCCAACUUCAAGGCUUGCGGCAAGGAGACUCCACCACCGCUGAGUACCUUGGUCGUGCUCAGGUCAUUCUUGAGGAACUGUCUCUCGCCGGCCGGCCAUUGUCACUAGAUGAGCAGAACCUUUAUGUCUUCAGAGGUCUGUGGCCGGAGUACCGAGCACUUGCAUCUUCUCUUACAGUGAAGGGUACGGCGGUGACGAUCGGACAGCUAGGCGACUACUUGACGGCGCACCAGUUUAUCUGCACUGAUGAUGUUGACGGCGCGGCUCGUGGUCUGCUUCCUGCGCCGGCUGCUAUGGUGGUUUCCCGUUCUGGGCGUGGCAGCGGCAAUUGCGGCGGUGGUGGUCGCUGGAAUAAUCGGAGUGGUGGCAGGCGUGGAGCUCCGUCCGGGCGUGGUGGUGGUCGGACUAAUCUGCCCAAAUGUCAGAUUUGCAGUGGGAUUGGCCAUACUGCUAUAUCCUGCUUUAAGCGCUAUUCUGAUGCGCCAAUUCCCCAGGCACACUUGGCGCAGUCUACUGUAUUAGAGGAAUCUCCUUUUUCGCACACCUGGCUACCGGAUACAGGUGCUACGGACCACGUUACCCCGGAUGUGGGCGCGAUGACUGGUGUGGAUUCGUACAACGGCGGUGAUACUCCCCGUGUCGGAGAUGGCUCAGGUUUGGUAAUCUCGAGUGUUGGCCGUUCUUCUGUGCCAACUCCCUCUCGUUCUUUAUCUUUGUCUCGUGUGUUUCUUGUUCCCGGCUUGUCGCAUUCGUUAUUGUCAGUUCAGCGAUUUGGUACUGACAACAAUGUUUUUUUUGAAUUUCACCCGUCAUGUUUCUCUGUGAAAGAUCGCGUAACCAGGGCCGUCUUGCUUAAAGGUGGGAGUUCCGGUGGUCUCUAUACACUUCCUGUCUCGCGUCCCGUGGCUCUUUUGUCAGCGAAAUCGUCGCCGAGUGUGUGGCAUUGUCUGGUUGCUCAUGAGUCUGGUUUAGUUCAUUCGAAUACUUUAUGUUCUGCUGUCAAAUGGGGAAGUCUUCCCGGUUUUCGCUUUCUCGUUGAUGGUUUUAAGUAUUUUGUUUUAUACAUUGACGAUUAUUCUCGUUAUAUUUGGAUUUAUCCGAUGCGUUUAAAAACUGAUAUUCAUGACAUAUUUGCUAAAUUCCGAGCUCUUGUUGAGCGCCAGUUUUCCUGCCCUAUUAUUUCUGUUCAGUCUGAUCUUGGGGGUAAUACAAAAAGCUUGAAUGGGCGUGUUGAGCGUCGGCAUCGGCAUGUUGUCGAGACUGGUCUAUCUUUACUCGCUCAGUCGUCCGUUCCCAUGCGUUUCUGGCAUGUACGGUUCGAUGAGAGUUCUUUUCCCCUUGCCAUUCUUGUGCACCCCCCUCCUACGGUUGCAGCUCCGUCAUUACCGAGGGGUGUCUCGGCUGUUGCCCAGCCUAUGCCGCAAUCUAUUGUCAGUGAUGUGCCUAUGCCUCCUGUGCCUACUCCGAUUUUUGGUACGGUGGCGGCACCGGUUCUCGUGCCACAGCGAAAAUGGGCUCGGGUGCAGCCUAGGCCUCGAUCUCAUACUAUGGAGCUUCGUAACACGACUCGGUCCGCCCGUGCUGGCCAGGCUUUAGCUGCUAUUGUGACUGCUGAUGAGCCUACAUGUUAUUCGCAAGCAGUUGCUUUUCCCGAGUGGCGGGCUGCCAUGGACCUUGAGUUUAACGCUCUCUUGCAGAAUGACACUUGGCGUUUGGUACCAUGUCGUCCCGGUCAAAACAUUGUGGGUUGCAAGUGGGUUUUUCGAGUUAAACGGAUGGCUGAUGGCUCGGUUGAGCGUCAUAAGGCCCGUUUAGUGGUGAAGGGGUUUAAUCAAGUAGUUGGAGAGGACUUCUUUGACACUUUUAGUCCGGUUGUGAAGCCCACUACGGUUUAUCUUUUGCUUGCUUUAGCCGUCUCUCGGGGUUGGACUAUCCGCCAGUUGGAUGUCCAUAAUGCCUUUCUCAAUGGGCAUUUAGCUAAGACUGUAUACAUGCGUCAGCCGCCCGGAUAUGUUGAUGAGCAAUUCCCUACUCAUGUGUGUAUUCUGCAGAGGUCUCUUUAUGGCUUGAAGCAGGCUCCUCGGGCCUGGUUUCGACGGUUACAUGAUUAUCUGCUCAAGAUUGGUUUUCGGUCUUCCAAAACCGAUGUUUCUCUUUUCAUUUAUUCGAAGUCUGACUGCCGUGUGUACUUGCUCGUUUAUGUGGAUGACAUCCUUAUCAUGGGUAGUGAUUCUGCACUUGUGUCAGCUUUGUUCAAUCAUCUUGCUGGUGCUUUCAAGAUUCGGGACUUGGGUGCUCCACGGUUUUUCUUGGGUAUUAAGACUGUGGCCGUUGAUGGCGCGUUAGUGUUGUCUCAACGUCGCUAUAUGUCUGACAUUUUGCGGCGUGCGGGAAUGGAAGACUGUAAGCCCAUUCUUACUCCUGUUUCUACUACGAAGUCGGGGUUUCCUGCCGAGUCUGACCCGUUGCCGGAUCCUACUUUGUUUCGCCGGCUUGCGGGUGCUCUUCAGUACUUAACUAUUAUUCGUCCUGACUUGUCUUAUGCGGUUAACAGGUUGUGCCGGUCGAUGCAUGCUCCCACGGUUGCUCAUUGGAUUGAUUUGAAACGUGUGUUGCGCUAUGUGAAGGGUACCUUGCAGUUUGGUCUUCGUAUAUCUAAGUCUGAUUCCCUUGUUGUCCAUGCUUUUUCGGACUCGGAUUGGGCCGAUUGCCUGGUGGAUAAGAAAUCUACAAGCGGCUUUGUUGUUUACCUUGGCAACAAUCUGGUUUCUUGGGUGUGUCGUAAGCAGAAGACUGUUGCUCGGUCGUCUACUGAGGCUGAGUACAAGGGGCUUGCAGAUGCGUCAGCUGAGGUGUCUUGGCUGGUUUCUUUGUUAGUUGAGAUGGGUCUUCGGCUAUCUUCACCUCCUCGGUUGUGGUGUGAUAAUUUGGGGGCUACCUAUCUAUGUGCGAACCCCGUUUUUCAUGCUCGGACGAAGCACGUGGAGAUUGACUACCAUUUCGUAAGGGAUAAGGUCGCUUCAGGGAACUUGGCGGUUCAAUUCAUCUCUACGAAGGACCAGUUGGCUGAUAUCUUCACGAAGGCCCUCGGCUCCUCCCGGUUUUCCUUUUUACGUGACAAACUCAAUGUUGUGUCCUUACCUCCUUGA